AUGCCGGUAGUUACUGGUGUCAUCGGUGUUGGUGGUUUGGGCCAUCUUGCCGUUCAAUUUGCCAAAGCCAUGAGGUGUGAAGUCGUUGUGUUCAGCACUUCGGAAUCGAAACGGUCACAAGCAAUGGAGCUGGGUGCGUCGCACUUCGUAACCACCAAAGGCAAGGAUAAACUUGACUGUCCGAGAAAGCUCAACCAUCUUCUGGUCACUGCCUCCCAAGAGCCCAAUUGGAGCCUGUUCAUGCCGAUCAUGGCGAAAAAGUCAACAAUCUUCCCACUGACAGUCAUGGGUAUGGAUGCUAAUUUGAACAUCCCUUACAUGGCAUUCCUUACCAAAGGAAUGAAGGUUGUCAGUUCAUUACCGACCAGACAUGGAAUCAGCCCAGUCAUUGAGAGAGACGCAUUGACUGUCGAAGGAGUUCAAAGUGGGUUGGAGAAGCUUAGGACGGGAAAGACCCGCUACCGCGGUGUCCUCUAUGCGGAAGGAGAAGAGUAA